AUUCUAUUAAAAUUUUUCUUAUCCUAUUAUCAGUGGGCUAAGCUGAGUAAGCCGCAAAGGCAAGAAACGCGGGCUUCUAAAGUAGUAAAAUCCAACAAUUCCAAUACUUCGAAGUAUAUUAACUACUUCGAAACUUCAAAGUAAUACAAUCACAGUAGGUUAAGUUUAUUAGAUUUUCAGCUAACCUAACUGAACGGCAUGUCGUCUGGACUUAAAACUGUCGACUUCGAGGUGUUCGGUCGAGUGCAGAAAGUUUUUUUUCGCAAAUGCACCCAGGAACAUGGUAAAAAAUUGGGCUUACGAGGUUGGUGUCAAAACACCCCACAAGGCACGGUGAUUGGUACAAUACAAGGACCGCCUGACAAAGUCAUCGAGAUGACUGCGUGGUUGCGAGAAGUUGGAAGUCCGGCAAGCCGCAUCGAUAAAUUGGAAUUGAAGAAUGAAAACAGUAUUAGUGAUUAUACAUACUCAGAUUUUGAUGUUAUUAGAAAAAAAUAACUUAUGUUCAGUCUUACUUAUCAAUUUUAAUAUUUGACAAUGUCAUUGGAUAAAAAAAAAUAUAAUUGACGUUUGGAUAACCGUUA